CAAUUAAGGGAUUUAAUUUUUGUUUUGAUUAUAAAAUUUGUAUUUGUUUCCAUCAGCAAUGUCCGUGACCAAAAAUUUAAAUCGUACGUUAAAUGAUAAAAUCAGAGAAAUUAUGAAACGCGCCUGUCAAUUAAAACCCUUGGAGCCUGAGCAUCAAGUGAUUCACUUACAUUCAGGAAUAAAUAUAGUAGGUCGUAAUAAAGAAACGGGUAUUCGAGAUACAAAAUGCUCAAAACAACAACUGGAACUAAAGGUGGAUUUGGAUUCAGCCAAAAUAAAGUUAAAAGUAUUAGGAUUAAAUCCAUGCGGUGUAAAUGGUUUAAUGGCCCUGCAACACACUGAAUGUGAACUACAACAUGGAGAUGUAUUGGAAGUGGUUUAUGGACGACAUGCAUUUGAGGUGGUUUUUAAGCCUGCGCCUGAAGUGGUAACAGACAAGGCAAAAGAACAAGUAGAAAAACCAGCAGAAUUGCAGGAGGAUAACCAACAAGUAAUUGAAGAAUCCAUGACAGACUCUUGGGAUUCAGUGGAAAAUGGUAAAAUGUUAAUUUUUACCAGUAAAGGGGUUACGGCUUCGAAGAAAAUCGCAUCCUACGACAUAGAUGGUACCGUAAUUAAAACUAAAUCGGGUAAUGUAUUUCCCAAGACAUGUGAUGAUUGGAUGUUAAACUAUCCCGAAAUACCUAAAAAAUUAAAAUCUCUAAAAGAUGAUGGUUUCAAAAUAUGUUUUUUUACUAAUCAAGGUGGUAUAGCAAAAGGUAAAGUGGAUGUUAACGAGUUCAAGGAAAAGAUUAAGCAAAUUAUUGCAAAAUUACAAGUUCCUAUUCAAGUAUUUGUUGCUACCGGAGAUGGUUAUUAUCGUAAACCAUUACCGGGCAUGUGGGAGUAUUUGGAAAAAGAAAAAAAUCAAAAUGUGAAAAUUGAACGUGAGCAAAGCUUUUAUGUUGGUGAUGCUGCUGGUCGCCCCGAGGUGGGCAAGGGUGUGAACAAGCGUCGAAAAGAUCAUUCUUUAGCAGAUAGGUCAUAUGCAAAAAAUCUUGGAAUUCCCUUUUAUACACCAGAAGAACAUUUCUUGGGUGUAAAACAAGAGGAAUGGAUAAGACUUGAAUUUGAUCCAAUGGUAGAUAAUACAGAUUUGCCGCUACUAGAGCCCACAGAUGCUAAAAUACCAUCCGAUGAAUGUGAAAUGAUUAUUAUGAUGGGGCUACCAGGUUCAGGAAAAUCACAUUUCGUUCAAAACCACUUAGCACCGCUCGGUUAUACCGUAGCAAAUGCCGAUACUGUGGGUAGCACUCAAUCCUGUCUAAAAAUAUGCGAGAAAUCGUUAGUGUCCAAUAAACCAUGCGUUGUCGAUAAUACAAACGUUGAUGUUGAUUCGCGUAAAAAAUUCAUCGAGCUUGCUAAAAAAUACAAAAUCAAAUGUCGUUGUUUCAUGAUGAAUGUUUCGGUUGCACAAGUUAAACAUAACAUAGCUUUUCGACAACUAACCGAUAACAAACAUUCCAAAAUAAACGAUAUGGUUUUUAAUAUGAUGAAAAAAAAGUACUAUAUUCCCACAUUAACCGAAGGCUUUGCGGAAAUUGUAAAGGUGAAUAUAAAACCAGAGUUUGAACGUGCUGAUUGGAAACGUUUAUAUAAAUUAUAUUUGGUGGAAAAAUAA